GUCCGCUGCAGGCCCCAGCAGCUCACUGCCUACCUCACAGAUAUGGGUGUGCUGGUCCUAGAAGUAAUGACCAGACUCGAUCAGCUCCCAGUGGGCACGGUACAAAUUACCGGAUUGUCCCAGCUCUCUCCCAGCCAUCCCAUCAGUGGAUUUUUUGCCAUAGUUUCGCCAACAUCCAAGAAGAUCGGAGAGCUGCAGGUGUCACUGGUUUUAGAACCCUUGCCCGAAACGUGUGACACCAGCAGCUCUGUCCCAACCACAGAUGCAAGUUUAGAUCUCGCCCCUUCUGCCCAGGGGAGCGACAAGCCCCAGCUUCUUGCUCCAUCACAGCAACCCAGGCAAACAGGGGUGGCUUCUGCUGGCCAAGAGUUUCUUAACCACGGCAAAACCACAACUCCCAGAGAAAAAGACCAUUUCUUCUUUCAAGAGAAUUCUGAAAACAUAAAAGAUAUUUACUCUGCUUCUCACCACCAUUGGAUUUUCCCUGACGAACAUUUCAAAGCGAAGCCUUCAGAUCAGCAAGUGUCCUUUCCCCCAAGCUCUGAUCCUGAAGCACCUGCUAGAACAAACAUGCAGGUGCUGUCUCUGCAUAACCCAUCUACAAAAGACCUGCUUUCAGCCCUUUUGGAUCAAGGCAAUAAACUCCGCGAUGCCAUGGUGGCUUCUGCAAUGAAGUCUACCCCAGACAUGGAGAYUGAGCUGGAUGAAGUGCCUCCUUUCAUAAAGACAGAUGGUUUCCAAGCAAAACCAAAAAGCCCUAAAAGCUUGAACUCAAAUUUUAUGUCUGCCACAGAAGAUAUUUUCUCAGGUGAAGUCUCAGGUCAACAAUCGGACCUAACCUCUGAAGAGAGAGCAAUAAAGUUACUGCUGGGCAGUGUUGACUUAUCACCUGCGCAUUUCUGGGAUAGGACAGGUUCCCUUCUGGAUUCUCUCUCUGUUGGGAGUGAGGUGUAUGACAGUGAACUCAACGAUCCCCACUACGACCAGAGUCUUCUGGAGGAUCUUUUUUAUACGGGUCCUAAAUCUGAUUCCAGUUUAAGUGAUUUCCUCAGUGAUGAUGAAGUUAACCCCUCUAAAAAAGCAACCAAGACAAAAACUCUCAAGAAAACUGGUCCUAUGAACCAGCAGGGUCCACAGAAGGAGUCGAGUGCCUGUGAUCAGGAGGUGAAAGAGAUGGAAAAUAAACUCAGCUGCUCUCCCACCAGACAACUUGCUCCUUCAGAAGCUUGUACAAAAGAAGCUUGUCUCGUCUCCCUGAGUGUAGAUAGGCUGGCACUGCUGGGGCGAAUCCACCUUGCCAGAGUCAUCAUUGAAAGCUUGAAAAUCCCUCCUGAAAUCGUCCAGAUUACACCAGGAAAGAAAAGUUUAUCUGGGAAGCCUCCAAGACCUGCAUUAGUUAAAAAGUGUACCUUCUUUGUUGAGUACCACUUCCCCGUGGGAGCCUCCAAGGAUGAAAAGGGACAGCUCUCACUGACAACAGAAGUAACCCGAAUAGCUUCAAGUAAAAUCACAGGCGACGUGGUAAAAUUUCAGCAGCGUUUUGUGUUCCCUGUUCAUUUUGGUGGAACGAUGAUAGAGCACUGGUGGAGCUCUGACCUUGCUUUUAAAAUCUACAUGAGAAAAAGCACACAGAAAAAGCCGGUGGCCAUUGGCUCUGCAGUCCUCGAGUUACGCAAGAUAAUUCARUCUGAGCAGCUCUCUGUCAGCUGUGAAAUCCCUGUGAAAGAAGAAAGAGGUCAGACCCAAGUUGGACCCCUUAAGGUGUCCCUAGAGCUCGCAGCUGACAACAAGGACUUCACCUGCACCACGGCCAGGUCAGCUAUGGCUGUGCAGCGAGUCCCAGCUCACGCCGUAACAAGUCCCAAGUUGGAAUUCCGGGAAGCUGAYGGGAUUAAUGUAAAUACAGAAAAYCUUCAUGGUUUCAAACCAAGCCCUYGUGAGGACUCGCAGCAGACAGGAACCACCAACACGAAGAUCACACGGCUCCCACAGGCCGUAUCGACCUCUGUGUCCCAUGAUCUGGUGACACAAACUGCACCUGAAGAGGACGGGCUGUUGCUGCACGUGCUACUGAUGGUGCCYGCUGGAAAAGGUUUUGUCACUGGAGAACGUGGCUGCCAUGGUYCUUGUAACGUGUAUUUAAACUGCAAGCUGCUCAGUACAGAGGAGGCAACGAGUUCCUCUGUUAUAUGGGGCACAACAGAACCUGCCUUUAACUUCUCUCAGGUGAUGCCUCUUUUGUUGACUUCCAAACAUUUGGAGCGAUUCAAGAACAACUUCAUGAUCAUCGAGGCCUGGAACAAGCUGGCAAACCCUGGCUGUGACAAACUGCUGGGCUUAGUGAAGCUUCCUCUGCAUCAGUUUUAUGUGUCAUUCAAAGAUCCGAAGAUUUCCCAUCUGCUGCUGCAAGCGCAGUACCCAGUCGUGGCUGUGGACAACUAUCUGCCCGUGGUGGAUGUUUUUACAGGCAAUAAAAGCGGGAGCCUGAGGGUCCUUCUGGCCAUGGGCUCAGCCCGUCAAAUAGUGGAACUGCAGAGGCUAAAGAACGAGGAGGGACCCGGCCCUCCCGUCGCUCCGCGUCCUGUCCACUCGCUGGAUCCUCCUCCUAUGUCACCCACAAUGCAGUUGGAUAGAGAAGGAGAGGACCUGCUGGAGCACGUGUUUGAGAUCCGCGUGGACAGUGUGAAGGGACUCACCCCCUUGCAGGCCACGGUCUGGGGGGAGGCCGACUGCUACGUGCAGUACCACUUCCCUGUGCAAGAGGCUGCCUCCCAAGGAGCUCAACUGCRCGAGGAUGGCAUGAAGCUAAAGGCUUUUCGUACAGCAACGACCUUGUGCAUCCCUGAUCCUAUCUUUCAUGAUGAGCAUCAUCAUUCCCUGUCCGUUCCUGCCGAUGUCCCGGUGCAGAGGCUCCUGGUGGGUGCAUUCAUGGCACCUGGAAUGUCUGCAGGAGGAAUCCAGUUUGAGGUCUGGUGCAGGUAUUAYUAUCCAAAUGUCAGAGAUCAGAUGGUUGCCAAAGGGACCUUGCCUUUGUCACGGCUGUGUGCCCUGGUGACUAUGCAGCRUCGUGAAGAAAUCGGGACACAAACCUUCAAUCUUCCACUGGUCCCAAAGACUGAUUCCUCCGAGGAAUUCCGGUCAUCAGGGUUGCUUGAUGUGAGCGUGAGAUACCGAUGUUCCCUGAAAACAGCAGCAGGAAUACGAAGUGCUCAGGCUGUAUCUCUUUCUGUGCAGAUACACAGAGCAGCUGGUCUGCAGGCAGCAGCCAGAGCCGUUGCAGAAAAGAACCCUUCGCUUCAGUACUAUGCAGGGGUGGGAGUCAAUACCUACAUCUCUGUGCGGCCCUCCUUCCUCCCGGAGACGGAGACCCAGAACACACGCUCUGUGGCUCACAACUUCUGCCCAGAGUUUGGGGACCACAUGGAGUUUCCUUGUCACCUCAUCAUGCAGAAGAGCAGUGGAGAAGCCUCUUCUCUGGGGGAGCUCCUGCACUCUGCAACUAUCGUCUUCUCUAUCUACCAUCAGAACAUCAAAUCAGUCACUGACACGCUGGCAGCCCAGACAUCAAGAGAUUAUCAGCUUGGCACAGUCACAGUUCCAACCAGAGACCUGCUGAGAAAAAGAUCAGGAAUUACAGGCUGGUUCCCAGUUACCCUCUCAGAGGACAUAGUGCCUCCUCRUGGCACAAACAUCCUGCAGACCAUCGUGGGAGGACUGGAGCUUUCCAUAACUUUUGCUCGCCACGAUGACAGGGAACGAGUUUUGGAAGCUGCUAAAUUUUUAGGCUGGAGCAGCGAGGAAAACCUUGAGGACAGCAUGGAUGAUAGCGACGAAUGGGAACAGGGUGACAACCCAGCAGUUGUGACCGUUUCUACCCCCAGAGUAUGGCUGCCAGUCCACUGCGUGCUGCUUGCAGGCCAGAAGCAGCUCAAUAAAAGCACUUAUUGCUACCUCAGGUACAAGCUGUAUAAUCAGGAAGCCGCGUGGACUUUGCUUAGGAGACCAAAAGUGAGUGAUGACAAAAAGAAUGUUGUGGUGAACUUCAAGAAGCCAAACAGGGUGACCCUCAGGAGGAGCCCUGGGCUGCACUGGUUCUUCAGGGAGGAGAAGUUAGAAGUCCAGGUGUGGUGGGCAUACGGGAAAGAAAACAAUGUGAAAAGACCCCUUGAUACCGACCGUCUCGUUGGAUCUGCCUACGUCGACCUCUCAGCCCUAGCAGAGAGGUCAAGGAAAACGCUAAGCGUUAGUGGGGUCUACCCGCUGUUCCGCUGCAACGCUGCAGACCUGGCAGGAGCCGCUGUGCGUGUCCACAUUGCACUGUCCUCCCCGUCCCCUGCCCUGAGCAGCAGACCCCGUCAUGCUGAGGACUGCAGCAGUAGUGAGGAAGAAACGGAGAAAGCCCCAGAGGUCCCUGAAAAUCACAGUGAGAAGCUGGAGACUGUAAAUUCUGAAGCCACCCAUGGAAAACCCUCUGAAGAAGACUUGGCGUCUCUGGAAAACACGGUUGCUGUCUCWAUCCUUGUGGAAAGAGCCAUGCAUCUAAGUUUAAAAGGGAGCCCAUUGACAGAGCGCGGGGUGACAGCGCCCAGCAGCUACGUGUCCUUCACCGUCGCCGACGCCGCUGCUCCCGUGGCCACCUCAGUGGUGGAAAACACGGACGCGCCCGUCUGGGACUUCCAGCACCAAGGCCGAUUGUCCAAAGAACUUCUCCUGGAUCCACAGCAGACCUUGGUCUUCAAAGUGUGGCAUAAAGCAGAGUCCGAGCGAGUGAUGGGCUUUGCGUCCGUGGACCUUUCUCCUCUCCUGUCCGGCUUCCAGCUCGUGUGCGGCUGGUACAACGUCACCGACCUCAGCGGCCAGUGCCGGGGGCAGCUCAAGGUGGCGGUUGCCCCUCUGCAAAGUCUGGGCAACCUCCGAGAGGAAAGGCGGGCGCGGAGGCCGAGCUGCUCCGUGAGGGUCGACUCUGCCGCCCUUCCCAGCGGUGCCGCAGGUUUUCCCAGGCGGACGUCGAACACUUUGGGAAAUGAAGCCAACAAUCCCGCUCAAGAGCGCAGGGCCCCCCCCGGACCCCCCAGGCCCCGGCACGAGCUGCACAUGCGGAACGUGCGCCGCUUCCACGAGUGCUUGCAGCACGGCGAGGGGAGCGCGCCGCGGGCGCCCCGCGCGCACCCGUCCUCACCGCCCUCCCGGACGGCCCUGCUCUCCGCUCUCAGGAAAAACUUGAAUGAGCUGGACGAGGUUCAGAAAUACUUCAACCAGAAGCUGACCGKGGCUUUUCCCGACUUUGGAACUGGCCCCACAUCCCAGGCAAGUCGGGAGGAGCCGCGGGGCGACCGCCCAGGCCUGAAGGGCAGAGCUGUGGAUCCCCACGGGCACCAGCUUUUGAAAAAAUCGAGUCACCUGGUGUCGCAGGUCAGCAGCCUGAUCCACGACCUACAGACAAUAACUAAGACGACUAAGGAACCUUCUGGGCGACGGCACCGCGGCUUCCAAAGGGAGAUGCUGCGCGGCCUCCUGGACCAGGCCCUCCCCGGAGACGAGGGCCCUGAGCCGAGGGAGGGAGAAGGGGCCCUCAUCCCUUCGCCCAGCGAAGAUGAGGAUGAGGAGGAUGUCGUGGAGCCACGGACGCUCAACGAGAUAACGGCGGCGACGGACAAAACCAGUCCCUGGUCCAGCGUGAUGUCCGACGUGGACGUGGGUGCUGAUGGGCAGCCCCUGGGCGCGAGGCCUGACCCUGGGGACGCGGGGACUUGUUUGGCUGUGAACGGCAGCAGAGGGGACAGCGCCGUGGGCAACGUCCCCCAGGGUGACAACCGGAGCGUGGCCACCGCCGCCACCCCCUGUGGUAGCCCCGUUGCGGAAGAGAGCAGCGCGUGGACGGUGACCGAUGGCUUCAGCAGCGUGAGCAGCGGCGCGGAGACAGUGGCAAAGGAGCUCGAGCCUCCCCGCUUGUCACCGAGGCGCCAGGCAGCGGCUGGCCCCGUAGGAAACGGGACUCGUGACUGGGACGGAGCGGCCGAAACGAAGGAAAUGGAGCCAAGUGAAGAAUUUCAUCAAAGAACGUCGUUCCUCAAAGAGGUCCUGGGCUUUCCGGGAGACGGUGUCUUGACCAAUUCAACCACUGCGCAGAGCCAGGAGGAAACCAGUGAGGAUUCGGAUGCGGAUUCAGGCAAGGAGGAGGGAGGUUUUCCUGGAGGACAUGGGAGGUUUGUGUCCACCSAGGCGGCCUCUGAAGGGAGCAGCGGAAGUUUCUCCGAUGAGAGCCAUGAAGACCCAGUGGAAGAGUUGGGAAAAUCCGGGAAGUCAAAGCUUGUUCUCUCCGCUCCCGCUGCCCUUCCCAACUUCUUCCUGCCGCCRCAGCAGCUGGAGGCCUCCAUGCGAGUGCUCAGCCUCUCCUCCGGCCCUUCCUGCGCCCUGCAGAGCGGGGCCGCGCUGGAGGGAAUUCCCUACCGGAGCCUGACCCGUCCCAGGCCGCCUCUGGCCUCGGCUGCACUCUCGGAGGAGGAAACCGAAAGGAUCGCCCGGAUCUUCUCCGCUCGGCUCUCCAAGGAGCCUUCCCGGUGCAUUUAAAGGGAGUGAAAUCCCA